AAGCAUUUUGUGUUCUUGUCAAAAUAAUGAAAUUUUAUAAUUUACGUGGUCACUUUUUACCGGGUAUGGAUGGUCUUCAAUUGAGGCUUUUUCAAUUUGAUCAUCUGGUUGAAGAAAUGCUACCUAAACUUCAUCAACAUCUCCGGUCUCAAGGAAUAAACUCAUCGAUGUAUGCAUCACAGUGGUUUAUGACACUUUUUGCAUAUAAAUUCCCUCUACCAUUGGUUUUCCGGAUAUAUGAUACUAUUUUUAUGGAAGGAAUUGAAUCUAUCUUUCGAUUUAGCAUUGCAUUGUUAAAAAAAAAUGAAAAGAAAUUGUUAGAAAUGGAUUUCGAACAACUCUUAGAAUAUUUAAAGAGUGGUUUAUUUGAAAGUUAUCAGGUCACAGCCACGGGUGUUCUUGCACAAUUGAUUACAGAUACUCAAUACAAGACAAACGAAUUUGUUAAAGAUGCUUAUAAUAUUAGAAUCACACCCAAGAAGCUCACGAAAUAUCAGCAGGCAUAUUACGCACAACAAGAAGCUGAAAAACGACGACUAAUGUCAGAGGCUGAAGCCAUAGAGAAGAUAAAGACAAAUAAUUACCAUUUAACUAAUCAAGUUAAAUAUUUAGAGAGUAAUUUACAAGAACUUAAUCGAGAACAUGUCGAAUUGGCUAAUGAACUCGUAAAUACCAAAGUAGAGCUCGCAAAGGUUAAAGAUGAUAAUGAGGAGCUUCAAAUGACUGCUUCAGAUUUACGUAAAGUUUUGCAAGCCCAACCAAUUGAAAUUGAAAACAAUUACAAAGAACAAAUUGAUUCUUUAACACAAAAAAAUGUGACACUAAUAGAGCGUAAUAAUACCCUGGAGGAUCAGCUUGCAGGUUUGGAAAAAAUGUUAAUUGAAAUGAAAAUGCGCUACGCUGAAAGUGAAAAUGAAAGAGAACUAUUGAAACGAAGGUUGAAUGAUCUAAAAAAAGCGUUGG